AUGACAUCUUCUGAUUAUACUACCCCUUUUCUGGUUCGAUUAUUUCGAUCUUUGGACACUUUGGUCGCGCUUCAUUACAGUACCAACUACCUUUCAUCACUAGUGCGCUUUUCAACGGUAUCGAAGAAGGUAUUGAACCUCAAUCAGGAGGUACUUUGCACGAUCAAGUCAAUAUAUCCCGAGUCCUAUGACAUUGCUAGAACAGGAGACGAUAUCACAAUUGAUGUUUUCUGUAACGACUCUGCACACAGAUCCGAAGAACGCGUCCAACUCAUCCAAAAGAUUGAAAAGCGCCAGCAAAUCUUCAGAUCCAAGCUCGAGGAGUGGAACGCGAAAGGGUGCCCCAUUACAUUCAAGCUAGAGUCAGAGCAAAAGCAUCAAACAUCGCCUAAGAAAAUUGGCAAAAUUGCCAAGCCCAAGAACUCACGCACCAAGUACGAAUUCCAUGAAAAGCAUCUUCUAUCUGACCUGCCACUUUUAGAGCGCAUUAAAUUGAAGCAGGCUUCAAAAAAGGUAAACAUACUCCGCGAUAAUAAACAGGAUGCACUUGACUCCAAGAUGGUCCCAAUCUACAAUGUGAUCUAUGAACAAUCACCUAAAUUUGAUAAUUCCAAAACUGUCAGUUUGAGCGUCACUCGUCUUCAACAGCUAGUCAGAGACUCCAUGACACUACCGGUUUCCGAAAGUGAUGUGCGCAAAGUAUUGCAUCAGCUGGCCGAAAAACUCGGACUGCGCCUGACAGUCAUUGGUGAGACCCAAGUUCUUAAAAUCCCAAAGCUGAACAGGAACGAAGAUCUCGCCAAGUUGAGCAGCUACCAAGCUGAACUAGUUGAAUAA